AGGCGACCGGGGGGCGGGCGGGCGCGAGAGAUCCGUGAAACCGGGCACGGGAACCACGUCCACUCGUUCCGGGGCGCCUCCGCCUCUGUUUAUUUGGGCUCUGGCUUCCACUCCACUCCGCCCUCCCCGCGCGGCGCCCAUCCCGACGCUUCGCCACCGCCCCCCUCUCCCCUCCCCCCUCCCUAGAAAACGACGACGCGAUCGCCGCCCCCGCCACCUGCUCGACGGAUUGCCCUGGAGGAGGAUGACGACACCCAUGGCCUCGCUCGACCCCUCGCUCGCCACCGCCGCCGCCAGGCCGCGCCUCGCCGCCCUCCCGCCGCCCUCCGCCGCGGCCGCGCUGCUGGUACCGCGGAGUGGCGCCCUCCUCCCGGCAAGGCGGCGGCGGAGCGGCAGGUUCUCGUGCCGCGCGGGGUCCGCCCCCUCGGAGAUAACAAAGGAGAAAAACAGAGCCGAUCCUUCAAAGUCGGGUUCGGUGCUGCUCCAGGUUUGUUUACAGCACCAGGUUAAGUAUGGUGAGCAUGUUGGUAUCAUAGGUUCAGCAAAGGAGCUUGGGGCAUGGAAGCAACACGUCAAACUGGAUUGGUCAGAGGAUGGCUGGGUCUGCCAGCUGGAGCUCCCUGGCGAAGCAGCUGUGGAGUUCAAGUUUGUGAUAGUUUCCAAAGGGGGAAAUGACAAGACGUGGGAGGGUGGUGACAACCGUGCCAUUCAGCUGCCAAAAGGUGGUACACUUGAUAUAGUGUGCAACUGGGAUAAGACAGAAGAGCCUUUAGGUCCUUCGGGAACACCAAAGGUUGAUAGAGCACCCAAACAUGCUGCUCCGCAAACGGUUGGAGAUGUUUCAGCUGCCAAUUUAGCACCAGAGACUGACUCGAGCUCAUUUGGUGGGCAAUGGCAAGGUAGCGAAGCUGUUUUCAUGAGGUCAAAUGAGCAUGGGAAUAAGUCGAGUGACAGGAUGUGGGAUACAGCUGGGCUAGGUGGAAUGGCACUGAAAUUGGUCGAGGGUGAUAAAUCAUCUAAGAACUGGUGGCAGAAGUUAGAUCUUGUUCGUCGGCUUGUGUCAGAACCUGUUGAUGAUCAAAGUAGAUUGGAGGCUCUUAUAUGCUCUGCUAUUUAUUUAAAGUGGAUUUAUACAGGUCAGAUAUCUUGUUCCGAAGAUGGCGGUCACUACCGACCCAACAAACAUGCUGAGAUAUCGAGGCAAAUUUUCCGUGAACUUGAAAAGAUGUACUACACAAAAGGCAUAUCACCUGAGGAUGUGCUUGUGAUUCGCAAGAUUCAUCCUUGUUUACCUUCGUUUAAGUCGGAGUUUACUGCCACUGUCCCUCUAACACGAAUUCGUGAUAUUGCUCAUCGCAAUGACAUCCCACAUGAGCUCAAGCAAGAAAUCAAGCAUACCAUACAAAACAAGCUUCACCGAAGUGCUGGCCCUGAGGAUCUUGUUGCUACAGAAGCCAUGCUUACUAGGAUUACAAAGAAUCCUGGAGAAUACAAUGGCGCUUUUGUCGAACAAUUCCAAAUAUUUUAUAGCGAACUAAAAGACUUCUUUAAUGCCGGCAGCUUGUUUGAACAACUGGAAUCCAUCAAGGAGUCUUUGAAUGAUUCUGGCUUAGAAGCAUUGUCAUCAUUUGUCAAAACCAAACAGAGUUUGGACCAAGUGGAUGCUGCGAACAUUCAAGUUGUGAUGAAGACCUUGCAGUCAUUGUCUUCAUUGAGAUCAGUUCUAAUGAAGGGCCUUGAAAGUGGCCUUAGAAAUGAUGCGACUGAUGCCGGUAUAGCAAUGCGACAAAAGUGGCGCCUUUGUGAGAUUGGUCUUGAGGAUUAUUCUUUUGUUUUGUUAAGCAGAUAUAUCAAUGGUCUUGAAGCUUCAGGUGGAUCAGCUUCACUUGCACAAUGUGUGGCUGGAAAUACAAGUGUAUGGGACGAUACCCUUGAUGCCCUUAUUAUUGGCGUCAAUCAAGUUGGCUUUUCAGGUUGGAAGCCAGAGGAAUGCAUUGCCAUAGGGAACGAGCUUCUUUCUUGGAAGAAGGAAGGUCUAUGUGAAAGUGAAGGCAGUGAAGAUGGCAAGUAUAUUUGGGCACUAAGACUUAAAGCUACACUUGAUAGAGCAAGGAGAUUAACGGAAGAGUAUUCUGAAGCACUUCUUUCUGUAUUCCCUGAAAAUGUCAAGGUCCUUGGGAAUGCCCUUGGAAUACCAGAGAACAGUGUGAGAACUUACACCGAGGCUGAAAUUCGUGCUGGUGUUAUUUUUCAGGUCUCCAAACUUUGCACUGUACUUUUGAAAGCUGUUCGAGUAGUAAUUGGAUCGUCCGGCUGGGAUGUUCUUGUUCCUGGAGUAGCCCAUGGAGCCCUGAUACAGGUAUCUUCUGGAACUAUGCAGGAAAGCAGAAAGAUUCUUGCGAUAAGCUUCCGUAUGUUUUGCUGCCAUGUUGGCAUGAUGUUGUUACUUAGGAAAAUACUACUGUUUUGAGGGGGAAAAAACCUG